CUUCAACCUCGGCCCAAGUAAAUACCUUCAUAACGUGGAGUUUGGUACCGCCGAUACACGGUUCCCCUCCGCUGGGGUUAGAAAGAGAAAGAGACUGGAGAGAUAUUUCUCUCUUAUGUACUCUGUAUUUAUCGAGUUACCGCUUAUUACUCUGCGAUACUUUAAAUACAUAUACGAUAAGUUACCAGCCUUCAACAUCCCUCACAGCCUCCGAGGCUUGUGCGGGUUAGGCCGAGACAUUCUUAUUUGACCAACAGCGCUCUUGGCAGGACUGGAGUCGACUCGGCCAAGCGCUAAGUUAGCUUCCACAUGCUGCGCUCUCGAUCAUCUUUCGCGGGCUGCUUCUUGGUUGGUUCAACUUGGCUGGGUAUGUCUCAACUCUCAACCAGUGUGGAGGAGGAACAGACAAGACCAGUGAACCACUGACCACAGGAUGAAAGGACUGCUACACUGCAAGACUGUGCAUGUGCUUCUUUCAUGGGUGGUUUGGUGAUUGUCGCCACAUCUCUUGCUCUACCCUACCCUAGCGUUACCAGCAAAAUGGUUGGUUUCCCCGGAUCAUUUUCUAUCUAUCAUCCAUGAGAGAUCCGGUAUGGAAAGAAUAGACAGACAGCCCGCCCACUAACCCCCGCGCUGAAUACAAUGCAAAAACUCCACGAGUUGAGGCAUGAAUAUUGCCGGUUGGCGAGGUUGAUAAUAUCCUGAUCUAGUUUCCCAAGCCCUCCUCCUUUGCUAAUAAUAACCUCUAUAUGCAGCUCUCUACAGCGUAGAUGAAUGAGUCUAACUAACUACCCCAACAAAUGACGCAGAAAUGGACACGGAAGGGAAAAAACAAAGGGGCUUGAAAGAACACCCUUCCCCACCGGUGCAAAAAAGUCAAAAAAACUCCCUCAAAUCACGCACCGCGGAUUCGCAUAGAUCCAAUCCAACACGCUGAAAAGCGUCCAGAUAUGGAUUCCGGCACUGAGCACCACAAACAGGUGGAAAAUCUGAUGAGACGCCCCCCAGAUAUCGAACUUCUCCGGCGUCCACGACUCGGGGAAAUGCGUCUAAAAAUACCCAUUUUGCUGCCAUUAGCUGCGGGGUUUUCAAUAACAUCACGCCUCCUUUCCCCUCCUUUGUUUCUUUGUUUCUUUGUUUCUUUGGUUCUUUGUUUCAUUGUUUGGCUGUAACUCACCGCAUAGAAGAGCGUGCCAACAAUGAGCGCCAGGCCCUCGAGCAGGUAGUAGCCCAAACCCGCCCGCGGGCUCCAUUCGGCAUACGGAUAUAUGCACGCGGCAUGGAUGAUGGGCAAUAAUCCCGACAGCCCCGUUGCGACAAACGUGGCGAGCCGGAGCAUCCGCCACCGGCUGCUUUGGAACUUGGGACUCACGACGAUGAUGGCGGAUAGGGUUCCCAGUGCGAGAGUCUACCGUCCGGAUAUCCAUCCACCCUCUCCGUUAAUCAAGGAAUGCUCACGACAGUCACGAGAAACGGGGUAAAAGGGGAUGAGGGAGAAAAGGGCAAGGGAAUCCCACCAUAGUCCAAUACACCCGCCUCAACCCCGGCUCGCAAUCAAACGUAACAUAAAUCCCCGACACAAACGACCCGAUCGUCUGCAGCAGGAUAGCCACAUAAUCCAUCCUCCCCCACAGCCCCGCAUACUCCUCCGAAUGACACAGCAGCGUGUGGUACGCAGACGAGAUCCCAAAACACAAGACCGACGUCGUCAGGUAGAUGUGGACCGCCAGCCGGUGCUGCAGCGCCAGUACCGCCUCGUCCGGAUACCGCGCGCGGAAAUACAGAUGCAGAAUCGCAUUGCUGGCCAGCGCGAUCGCGGCAGGGAGCAGGUGCGAGUAGAUGUUGACCGUCUCGUUGUGCAGGGUGCGCAGGCUGUCGAUGCACAGGCGCACGGAGCCCGUGAUGGGUCGGUAGCCGGUGAGGAGGUAGGUAUUGUGUGCGUACCAGGAUGGUAGCUCGCUGGCGCGUAGGAGCUGGGGUUUUUGGGCGGGAUUUUGUUGUUUGAGCGGGGUGGUACCUUUGCUGCUACCUGUCCGAUCCCCCUCGCUGCGGGCGGGUGAGAGGCGUUGGUAGAGAGUCAUGAGUGGGGGAGCUUGGAGAUUAUAGAUUAUUACUGCGAAUCUGGUAUCUUUGUUAGUUUACUGGGGUGUGGCGAGCAGAGUGAAGAGCGAAACAACACGCACCGUAUACGACGGAACACAUGAGGCUAAGAAAGAAGAAGAAAAAGAAGUACAAGAAGAAGAGAAGAAAGAACGAAAUAAAAUAAGAUAUAAUCACGGAGAACAGCCCGAUCGAUAAACUCCUUCAACAAAUAAAUUCGGGGCGUUGCUCCUAUCACCAGCCCUCACGUUUUCACCCACAAGGCUGCGUUGUUGACAUGUUGGAAUGUGACAAAGAACGCUAAGUGAUUGGUCGCCGGCCCCAUAUACAGUGCCCAGACGGGGGUUGCCGUUGCGAGUCCGCGGCGGCUGGCCUGAGAUCCAAUCAUAAUAUUCAAUGAUAAUGCCCAGCGAUGCCGCUUGGAUGGGGCUUUUUGGGGGCCACGGCAGCCUUCUUUUUUUGACCAACCAGUAUCUCCCUCCACAAGAUGGGAUUUACAAAUCAACCAGGGCACCAUUUCCUAUUCCAGCAAGGGUGAAGAAUCCUUGGUUUCUUUCUUCCCUUUUUUUUUCGUCUGGCGUACUGUGAAGAAGACCAGUCAGCACCGCCCGGUUAUCAUUAGCGCUGGACACGUCGUUGUUCAUACAGCUGUUUCGUUCCUGGCGGUUGGAGAAAGUCUGUUUAAGGUUUGGAGGCUCAGUUAAGGUUCCGGGGUGAUGAGUCAGCAGCGGGAUGAGGCUGAAGAGAACUUACCGAAACUUGAUGACUCCGUAUUGAAGGUUUCUCCAAAUGUUUGUUUGCUACAACGGCGCACCUUCAUGGUGGCUGCUGUUGAUGGGUAUAACGAGAGGUUAUUUGCUGGAGGCUGAAAAUGAGAUUUCAUUAGCACCAGAAAGCAGCAGCAGCCAGACAUCGUGUUGAUAUCAUCAACACUCUUGAUAAACGUUUCCAGGCGUCGACAAGACGAACAAAACAAUGUCAGAACAUAAAAAUAGACGAGUACAAUACAGGGAUAUACGCCUCCCAGAACAGAACCUCACGUUGCAGCCUCUCAAACUCUUCGAAGAUCGGGUGAAUUUAUAACACCCAGCAUGAAAAUACUAUCGGGCGCUUUCCAUUCGUUGAUCAACCACUGGUGCUUGCAACCCGCUCUGGAUAGGUGGACCUAGGGCCGGCCCGGGCUUGCUCCAAGGCUGAGAGCCAGUGCUUCUACAUUUACUAGGCUUUAAAGCUAAAAAUAGUGUCAGAAUCAACCCGCCCGACCUAGAUGCUAUUAUUUCCUGAGGGGGGGGAUGCGAUGGGAUUCCCCCUAACCCCCCAGCUUCCCGAGCGCUGCCCGCCUCCUUCUCUUCCCCUCUCCUCUUUCUCUUUUCCUGCACUUUUUUUUUUUUUUUCUCCCCCUUCCCUAAACACACCACGCAAAAGAAUGAUCUCGUCGCGUAGAUUCCCCCCCAACCCCGAGCUGCUGCCAAUCAGUGCCUCGCCAUCGAUACCUGCGUUGCAACUGCAACUGCAACUGCAUUGCGCGGCCGUUGUUCAGAAAUGGCCUCCCGAGAUGACUACACCGUCGGCUGGAUAUGCGCCCUUCCCCUGGAGAUGGCAGCGGCGAAGGCGGUACUUGAUCACAUCCACGCCGAUCUGCCCGCAGAUCCAAGUCUGAAUGACUCCAACUCGUAUGUUCUGGGAAGCCUCAACGAACAUAACAUUGUGGUUGCAUGCCUGCCCUUCGGCGUAUAUGGGACCACCUCCGCCGCAACCGUCGCGGCGCAGAUGCUAGCGAGCUUCAAGUCCAUCCGCUUCAGCUUGAUGGUCGGCAUCGGGGGCGGCGUACCGAGUACGAAGGAGGAUGUUCGGCUUGGUGAUAUUGUAGUGAGCAGGCCGUCGGCGGCGCGGCCGGGGAUUAUUCAGUAUGAUUUCGGGAAGAAAAUUGGAGAGGGCCAGUUCACUAGUACAGGCGCGUUGAAUAAACCGUCUACCUUACUCCUCACGGCCGCGGGAAAGGUCGAGACGAAUAAUAUCCUCGGCGAGAGCCAGAUUCCCCGUUACAUCCACAAGAUUGUCGAGAAGGAUCCCCUCGUCUUCGCCCAUCCCGGUUCAGAGCAGGAUGCCCUCUUCGACUCGAACUACGACCACGUCGCGGCGCUCGGAGAUGAUGGUACGUGCACUCAGUGCGACCCCGCUAGACUCCUCCACCGGCCGCCGCGAGGGUCGCAGAACCCGAAAGUCCACUAUGGUCUGGUUGCGUCUGGCAACCAGGUGAUGCGACAUGGCGGGACACGGGACAAGUUGGCGCGCGAGCAUGGGAUCCUUUGUUUUGAGAUGGAGGCGGCCGGCUUGAUGGACAUCGCCCAAUGCCUGGUCAUCCGGGGAAUCUGCGAUUAUGCAGAUUCGCACAAAACUAAGGUCUGGCAGGGGUACGCCGCUGGUGCCGCUGCUGCCUAUGCGAAGGAGCUCCUGUCUUUGAUGCCCCCUGCCCCGAAGCCACCGCCGCUGGCAUCUAUCACGGAUUCGACGGUUGCCGGUAUUCUCGAUGCCUUACUCCUGACCAGACCCGAGGUUGACCGGAGCUCUCUGAUCGCAUUGAAGGGGCGGAGAGUAGCAGGUACUUGCGAAUGGCUGCUACGACAUGACCACUAUCAAGAGUGGCUGAAAGGAACUGAUCCGCCACUCCUCUGGAUCUCAGGCGGGCCGGGAAAAGGGAAAACUAUCCUCUCCAUCUACAUCACUGAGGAACUGGAGUCGGUGGUUGACGACGCUCAGGGUGUUCUCCUUUACUACUUCUGUAGUAACCGUGACAAGAACAGGAACUCGGCCAUGACGAUCAUGCGAGGCCUAUUGCACCAAUGGCUCAGUCUCCAUCCCCACCUAGCACAACAUAUUCAGAACUUCUUUGAUGGGUCCGAAACGACCAAAUACACUAUUUCUAACUUUAUCUGCCUCUGGAAGCUCUUCCUGAGCCUUCUCAACCACACCGACGCACCGCAGGUGGUAUGCGUGCUUGAUGGCCUAGAUGAGUGCGAGGAGGAAUCUCUCAAGCAGCUCCUUGACGUCUUGAGUGAAUAUUUCUCGAACUCCGAGGCGAAACCAAACACAUACCUAAAGGUCAUCCUCCUCUCCCGCCCGCAGCCUGGACCUUUAAAAAGCAAACUUCACCGAUUCCCUCGGAUCAAACUUGAUGACUCGGACGUGGAGAUUCAAAAAGAUGUUGAGAAAUACAUCUCGGCCAAAGUUGCCGAGCUGGCAGCCGAGAAUAUCCUAUCGGAGGAUAGGCUACGUCAAGUUAGCCAGACCUUGAUGGCCAGCGCGGAGGGAACCUUCUUGUGGGUUGGGUUUGUCGCGGAUGAGCUCAAGGGCAAAAAUUGGCUUCAAAUCAACCACAUACUUCGCGGUGUGCCCAAGGACCUUGUUGGGGUUUAUCAGCGAUUGCUGCAACAAGUCGAAGACAAAGAAAACCUGGUCCCCAUCCUUGAAUGGAUCGUUCUCGCCGCCCGACCCAUGACCGUGGAUGAACUAGCAAUGGCGGCGGAGAUCAAGGCGUUUCAUGCCCUGACGCCAACCGAAAUCCUGAAGGAUAGGCUUGCGUCCUGUGGGCUGUUGGUGAAAAUCGAUGGAGACGUGGUCAACCUCGUCCAUGAGUCGGCGAGAGAGUUCUUCCAGAGCGACCAGAUCAAUAUCGACGGGAUCAACGUUUUCCAUAUGAAUCACAAAUCGCAUAAGACUCUUAUGCGUACCUGCCUCGGGCUCAUUGAAGGGAGCUACAAGUCUCCUGGUAGUAUCAGCAACGCCUCCCUCCACAAUAGCCUCUUGACCUAUGCCAGCCUCUACUGGCCAGAGCAUUUCCGACAGGCGUUCGACUCGGUCGAGGCCCAGCUUGAGUUUUCAAGCCAGUUCUUCCGAGCUGAGUCGCCGGUGCGGGAGGAUUGGUGGAAAUUCUACUGGGAUCGGGAGCAGUACGGCGGAGCUCCGCCCUCGUUCACGCUUCUACACCUAGCGGCGUACUUUGGCAACUUGGCCUGGGCCAAGAUGUUGCUUAAGCAUUCUGCCGCCGCCGGCAUUCCCUUCCGCCGUCGCACCUCGAGAAAGGAUUCUUAUGGGCGCACACCCCUCUUCUGGGCUGCUACGCGCGGUCACAGAGACGUGGUGGAGUUGCUACUCGAGCACGGUGCCAACAUAAAUUCUAAGGACCGCGACAAAUUGACCGCGCUCCAUAUCGCAGUCACUGGAGAGCACAAGGAUGUCGUGUCUCUACUACUAGAUCGGUCCGCCCGGAUCGAGGCCAAAGGUAGCUACGGGGACACGCCAUUGAUCCGAGCCAUCCAGGCCAGUUCCAAAGAUAUCGUCAAGUUACUGCUCGAGCACGGUGCGCGGGUUGAUAAAUUACCUACACCACCAGGUGUCGCCGCCCUGAAGGGGCCGAUGGAUCCACUGGAAGAGCGCGUGAAACAGUUGCUGGAACUUCAGGAAAUGCUUUUUACUGCGCGAUAUGAUAAUCAAUCGAGACUGGUUGACCUCACGCUCAAGAUCCUAACCGUCUCACUCAGGUACAAACCUAUCUUUAGACUGGUUGCGCUGUACGUGAGACACUGGUCAGUUGGCCGCUGGGAGGUUCUGCAAGACCUCGUGAAGAAUAACGAGACGGCCAGAUUGCGAAAAUGGGCGCAGUCAUUCAGCAGCUUUGGCAACCAGUUGGUCGAGGCUAGGAAUCCCAGAGACCUAGAGGCCAUGACGGGGCUCUCGGUCCGGGUGUUUGAGGUGGUCUCUACUGCGGAUCUAGAGGCGUUAUUGGUAAUCGGGGUCCUGGUAGGUUCGUCUGUCAUGCUCGCAUCGGCCAAAUCCCGAUGGAGAGAAGGUGUAGAUAUCUCGGGCAGGACGUUCUCUCAAUUCGCCUCCCUCGCCUACCACAGGGGCACGGAGGAGUCACUGGACUACGGCGUUCGCCAGUUCCUGAUCGAUCUCGACGCCUCCAUUCGCGCCGGCAACAGGGCGGACACGGUGGAUCGGGUGGUGGUCAUGUUCAGCACGCACCUCGCCAUCCUCGCUAGCAAGGAUCCACGGCCCAUCGAGUACUUCUCGACGGUCCUCACGGAAUAUUUCGAACACUAUAUCGGCGGCAGCUAUGAGGAACAGCUCUUCAGCGACGCCAGCGAGGCAUGCGCCAAUGAGCUUGCUGCCAUCAACAAAUGUCAGGAUUCCCGCAGAUUGUUCCUCCUCCUCUCUGCCAUCUUCAAGAUCGCUCAGCACUCGCGGGAGAAGGGGCAGGACCGGCUCCUCAACAUCCCACCAGCGUCAUGUCUGAUCCUCUGCCAGGAUGACCCCGACUCCCAUAGAUGGUUGAUCGGCGAAGGGAUACCGGAAACAAUGAGUGUGCUGAUACCCCGACAACAACAAGGACUCUCGCGAAAGCGGGCGUUCAAAGCUCUCGUGGAAUGUCUGAUUAUUGGGAAGCAAUUUGGGUUAUCACUGUCUAUGGGGGUGCGGGAAACGGUGAAGCGAAACCUUGAACUUAUUGACGGGGUGGACGGAAUGCUGGAUCAACUUCUUAGUACAUGAUUCUUGUUUAAUGUUUAUGAUUACUUUUUUGGUUGUUUGCAAUGUUCCCCCCCUUUCUUUUUCUAAAUUCCAAUUCAUUUCAAUGUAAUGGUUGAAAAAGAAAAACCCCUCCUUUCCACCCGCCUUGGCAGACAUUUUGAUUCACCGCAUAUGCUCCGCUGAAGCUAUAUAUAUAUAAGGAAAAGGAAAUGAAAAGGAAAAGAAGAACAUGAAAAGAGAACGAGAUAGUGAAAAAAAAGGUAAAAAUGUAGAGCAAGAAAAGGAAAUACCAAAAAAAGAAUAAAUAUAAACGAUGACAGGCGAAGGUGGCAACAAAGGAGGAAAUAGAAAGGCCAUGUUUGAAGAAUAACAUGAUAUUAGUAUAGGGGAUCGAAGGGGAACAAAAGAGACUGGUCAAAAACCAAAAUAGCAACAGUAUUACAUGAAAAAAAGAAUAUGAAAGUGGGAAAAUUAGGAAAGGUGAGAAUAGAGAAUUGAAGUCAAUGGAAUUCAAUAAAAAAUGGAGGAAGAUGUAGUAAAACAAAAGCAAAAAAAAGAUAAAAAAUGGAAACAAACAAAGAGUGAAUACAGGCUAGUCGACCUUCCCCGAUCCAUUUCCACCACCAAGUAGCCCUUCCUUUCCAUCAAGGUGGAAGAAUCCACCCCCUGAGCUACCAGUGACUGCACCUAGGAGGCCUCCAGCACCCCUGCCUUUUCGAAGUCUACCCUUCGUGAAGAGGUACGCAAAUAUCAAAGCAGCGAAGAACAUGGCAAUAAAAAGGAUAGGGUGGUUGCGGUAAAAGGAGCGCGUGCUGAAGUACAUACUUUCGAAGAUGCCGACGGUGGAUUUCGCCUUGAGCCUAGAUGAUGGCGAGACGACCUGAGUGAUGGUUUCGAGGAUAGAGGUUCGGCUUGGCAUUAUGUAGGCACCACUAGUGGUGGUAUCCCAGUACCGACGGUUCUGGUUCGUUUGAAAAAGGCAAGAGUCAGCUUUUGGAUGUCUAAUGGAUCCGUUGAAUUGAAAAUUGGGAUACUACAAGUGAAUUCUCAGGGGUGAAGAAGGGCAAAUAUAGAGUAAAAACUUACAUCUUCGUCAAUGAUGAUAACACGUUCACCGUUUUUCACAUCAAUACCGUACGUUGUCCGAAUCCAUCGAUCCCAGAAGAUACCAUCAAUCCAUGCAAAAACGACCUGCUUUUUGUCACUCUCUCGGAUGGUUAUUUGCCUGUUUUUCGCUGCACGCAGUGCCCGUUGGUCAUUUCGGUCUUCUGCUUCCUCGAUACGCAGCUCCUUCGCGUCCCGAAGUUCCUGCCUCUCAAGCUGGAACAACUUGGUUUGUUUAUCCAUCCACUCAAGCGCCGCAUUUUUCAGCUCCUUUUUGUCCUGGACAAAUUCGUCCGAGCGUAGUCGGCUGAGAAUACCGAGGACUACGUAUUUUCCAUUAAGAAUCUCGCGAGCAUUAGCAGCGGUGAGCUCUGGUACUAUGGGCAGCCAGACACUUUCCAUCCAAGUGAGCACCUGUCGGAAAUCUCGCAUGUCUUUGGGGGCGAGCGCGCUGUAAUAACUGGCUUUUCCACCCCUCGAGACAAGAAGACGAGGCCACGUGGAAAUUCUGAAUCUCUGGGCAAGGACAUCGCUGUCAGUCUUAACAAGCUUUGCACGCCCGACCAAGCUCAGAGUUAACCGAUCCAGAGCGGCAAAGUCCUCUGAUGUAGUGGCCUUGUCGAAGAAGUAUAAGAAAAUAACCUCCUCAGUUUCUUCCAUUUUCUUAAAAGCGUCAGCAUCAACAUAUUGAACGCCGUUACCAACAACAUCCACGGCCUUUUUGGCGUAGUUGACCAGGUCUCCCAAGCCCCUAAGUCCGUUAUACUCAACACGUUCCCCACCUCUGAAAAAGUAGAUGGUAGGGAAAGAUCCGACACGAGCAUCCUUGCAUAAGCGUCGUUCCGUCUCACAGUUAACUUCACCAACAUUUAGGACUUCUUUCAUGUCCCUAGCCAUCUGCUGCCAAGAUGCAGCCAUGGCCUGGCAAUGACUACACCAGGGUGUAUAGAACUUGAUAAACCAUGGAACAUGAGUGUUUGUAACGAGUUUCUGGAAACUUUCGGCUGUGAGUGAUAUCGAUUUGCCUUGAGGGUUGGGCACCGGUCCACUGGGCCUUUUCGGCACCGCGGGCUGGCUCUUCUCCUCCGGUGGUUCGGACUUGGCUGAUGGUUUAUCUUGCGGUUUAUCUUCGGGUUUAUCUUCGGGUUUUCCUCCUAUUUUAAGGGGGGCGGUAGAAGUAUCAACCUUGGUAUCGCCAGGUUUUGGUAGCUGCAGGCCAUUCCGAGGCCUUGAGCCAGGCUUAAUUUGUUCGAGCUUAUCUUCAAUAAACUUGCUCAGUCCUUCCAUUGACUUCUUGCCGGUAAAUGUCUCCAUUUUCUCUCCUUUGUGGUAAAGUAUAAACAUAGGGAAGGCGUUGAUUUUGAGGGCCCGGCACUUGUCUGCGUUG